CACUUACAAUGAGCAUUCCAAGUGGAACUCUGUAUUAAUAUUUUUUUUUUUGUUUGCAAUUAACUUUUAUGACUGCAAUAAAGGCGAAAGAAACUAAUGCACAAAUUGAUUAGAUGUGUUAAUUUAAUUGAAACUAAUCAGAGUUAGCUCCUUGUAGUUCCAACUUACAUGAAUGUGGCACAAUCGCAAUCUAACGAUUUCAACCAACGUCAACGUCAGCAAAAAUCUUUGAUAUCAACUGUGGAGGCAACGCGGUGUAAAAAUCAGUUUAAAGACGCUACUUAAUCCACAAUCAUGGCUAGCCCACGAACGCGACGAGUGCUGCAAGAGCUGAAGCCCCAAGACGAGAAUUCGAAAUGCUUCGAGUGUGGCACUCACAAUCCGCAAUGGGUGUCGGUUACCUAUGGCAUUUGGAUAUGUCUGGAGUGUUCGGGCAAGCAUCGCAGCUUGGGUGUUCAUCUCUCAUUUGUGCGCUCCGUAACCAUGGACAAAUGGAAGGACAUCGAGCUGGAGAAGAUGAAGGUGGGCGGUAAUCGGAAUGCCCGCGAAUUUCUAGAGGAUCAGGAAGAUUGGAACGAACGCGCGCCCAUAACGCAACGAUACAAUUCCAAGGCAGCUGCUCUGUAUCGAGAUAAAAUUUCAACUCUGGCUCAGGGCAAGAGUUGGAAUCAAAAGGAUGCCGAGGCACGCUUGAGCAGCACUAACUCUUCGUAUAGUUCUAACAGCUACAGUGGCAGUGGCUCCAACAGCAGCUCACAGGGCCGCACUAAUGCAACAGGUUACAGUGGCAAUGGCAGCGGCGGAGGCUAUCAGAAUGGUGGAGGCGCUUACAACGAUGCUGGUGGCUAUCAGCAGUUCCAGACACAAGAGUUCAAAGAUCAGAAGGAAGAGUUCUUCAACCGUCGUCAAAUGGAGAAUGCAUCUCGGCCAGAAAACUUGCCACCAAAUCAGGGCGGAAAAUAUGCUGGAUUUGGUUUCACACGUGAUCCGCCACCGAAGACACAAUCUCAGGAGCUGAUAGACUCCACGCUGACCACUUUGGCAUCCGGCUGGAAUUUGUUCUCCACAAAUGCGUCCAAAUUGGCAAACACUGCUAAGGAAAAGGCCGUAACCACAGUCAAUUUGGCUUCGACCAAGAUUAAAGAAGGCACUCUGCUUGAAUCGGUUCAGAGUGGGGUUACAGAUGUGGCCUACAAGGUUACUGACAUAAGUAAACGUGGCUGGAACAACUUGGCGGGCGGCAACAGCACAGCGUCUCAGGGCGGCUACAACGAUCCCAGUCUGGACGACAAUGGCUAUCAGCGUUCCAAUUCGGUGGGCGGCAACUUGGCCGGCGGCCUAGGACAACAGAGUGGUGUUGGCGAUAGCGACUGGGGUGGUUGGCAAGAGAAUGCCAAUAAUAAAACGCAUCUAACUAGCUCCAGCUCAUAUCAGAAUCAACUUAGCAGCAAUGCCGGCGGCACAGGCACUGGCGGCCUCACCCAAGACGACGAUUGGGCUGGUUUCAAUUCCACAAAUUAUCAAAAUUCCGAGACUUCGUAUCAAAAUACACCGUCUGGCGGUCAGCCCGUUCGCCGAAAUAUGAAGCUACAGGAGACUUCGCAGAAAUUAAGCGAAGGCUUCGAUAAUCUGGAUGUGAAGAAUGUGAAAGCCAAGACAGCUGCUUCGUCGACUGGUAAAGCGAGCGCCGAGGAUGAUGCAUGGAAUUUGUUAAUGAAUUAGCAAAUAGAAGUAAACCAUUAUUGAAGUGUAUUGUCAGAUAACCUGAUUUGUUUUGUAUUAUUUUUUAUUGUUGUCAUCUUUUUGUUAAAGAAACUUUAGCUUAUUCGUGGGCGCAUUUAAUGUAAAUUUACGAAUAUUAUGUUCCAACCUCUUUUUACCGAUUU